AGCAGAGCCUGAAAUAACUUCACGUGCUUUGCCGAGGGCCUACAGAAGUGCCAAGAGGAAGCGAGGAUGGAGGCAGGGAUGAAUGUCCUUCAUGACUUUGGGAUCCAAUCGACCCACUACCUCCAAGUAAAUUAUAAGGACUCUAAGGACUGGUUCAUCAUGGUCUCAGUGCUUGCAGAUCUCAGGAAUGCCUUCUAUGUCCUCUUUCCCAUUUGGUUCCAUGUUCAAGAGGCUGUGGGCAUCAAACUCCUCUGGGUGGCUGUGAUUGGAGACUGGCUCAAUUUGGUUUUUAAGUGGAUUCUUUUUGGACAGCGUCCAUACUGGUGGGUACUAGACACUGACUACUAUGUAAGCACAUCCGUGCCUGUGAUAAAGCAGUUCCCCAACACCUGUGAGACUGGACCAGGUAGUCCUUCAGGCCAUGCCAUGGGUGCAGCAGGUGUAUACUAUGUGAUUGUUACAUCCAUCCUCUCCCUUACUCGUGGAAAGAAGAAGCCGACUCUCAGGUUCCGGUGCCUGCAGGUGCUUCUGUGGUUGGGGUUCUGGCUUGUACAGCUCAAUGUCUGUCUGUCCCGAAUCUAUCUUGCUGCCCAUUUCCCUCAUCAGGUUGUUGCUGGAGUCCUCUCAGGUAUGGCUGUUGCUGAAACUUUCCAACACAUCCAGAGCAUCUACAAUGCCAGUCUCAAGAAGUAUUUUGUGACCACCUUCUUCCUAUUUAGCUUCGCUAUUGGAUUUUACCUGAUACUGAAAGGGUUGGGGAUUGACCUCCUAUGGACCCUAGAGAAAGCCAAGAAGUGGUGUGAGCGGCCAGAAUGGGUCCACAUUGACACCACCCCCUUUGCUAGUCUGCUCAAGAACCUUGGGACCCUCUUUGGCCUGGGCCUGGCCCUCAACUCCAGUAUGUAUAAGGAGAGUUGUAAAGGGAAACAGAACAAGCAGCUCUCCUUCCGCCUGUGUUGUAUUGUGGCCUCGCUGGUCAUCUUGCAUCUUUUUGAUGCUUUCAAACCCCCAUCCCAGGUGGAGAUGCUUUUCUAUGCAUUGUCUUUUUGCAAGAGUGCAGCAGUGCCUCUGACUUCUGUUAGCCUUAUCCCUUAUUCCUUCUCCCGGAUCCUGGGCCAGUCCGAGAAGAAAUCUUUAUAGGGACCUGGAGACUUGAGUAUAAAUGAAUUGUGCCACUUGGGGCUCAGCUGCGCUCUGACAGCCUAUGGUGUGGCCAGCAGGUUCAGGAGUUGAACCAUUGGCUCUCAUUUCGUUAGAAUCCUAAAUCCUUUUUGUAGGGUGAUUCUUUGAGAGCUAGUGAGGCUUCUGAGUGACCUGCAACAUUCCAAAGAACUUCUCUGAUUACGGAGACUGCAGUCUUGGACUCUCUCAUGAGGCCUGUUACUUUUAUUCUGUCCAAUCCACAGUAGCAGAACUUCCACAUGAGACAGGCCUCACCAGUCCCUAGUACCCGAGUUCAGCCUGGGGAUCUCACUUGUGAAUUUUUCCCAGCCAUGUCUAUUCAAGCUGAGAAAAGGAGGAAGAAGCAGAAUGGUGGGGAGGGGGGGAAAGUAGAGAUUGAAGAGGAUUUCUGAGGAUUUUGCAUAUUAUGUAUUUUUUUUAAAUCAUAUGACAAAUAUUACCUGAAUGGCACCAAUAGGUUUGAAUUAUCUAAGUAAAGGCAUUUUCCCUAAUGGGCUGACCAGCCUGCAAAAAUGAUGCAUAGGCAUCAAGAUAAGUAAUUCUUCUUAUCUUUUUUUCCUGAAUUGAUAUGCUCAACAUACUAUUACCAGUGUUUUUAAAUGACUGAGAUGAGAUAGAUAACCUACCUCUGGGUCAGGAUAUCCAGAGACAUUUUGUUUGCCCUUAAUUGCACCUGUUAUUAUUAUUAUUUUUUUAAAAAACAUGUCCUAUGCUCUUUUUGAAGAAUCUAGGUCACUUUCUAAUGGCUUCCCUCCUUCCUCCUCCAGCUUCUGCCUCCCCUCUCAACCCUUCCUCAUAAUAAAAAAGUUUAGUUAAGCAAAACAAACCAACACAUUGACCACAUCUGAUAACAUCAGUUGUCUUCAACUCCUAUAGUCCACCAUAAGGAAGAGAAAAGGUAUGUUUCACGAUCAGUCCUCUGAAAUAGAGACUGGUCCCUGCAUUGAUGAGAGUGCUAAUGUCUUUCCACAUUGCUUUUUUUUUUUUCCAUUACAGGGGUCAUCAUUUAAAUUAUUCUCUUACACCUGUUCCUUCUCUGCGUCAUGUUAUCUCACUUUCCUCCUGCUGUCUGUCUCCCAAUGGCCCCACCUCCAGUCCAUCAUCUUAUUCCCAGCUCUCUGAAAAAGGCAAUCUCUUCUGGUGCUUCUAUAUUUUUAGGUUAAGUUCUAGGAUAGUGGGAAAAAUGGCAAAGGGAGGGCAGCCUUUCUAGCUUCCCAGAAGGUCACUCCAAUGUUACUUUUGAUUCCUAGAAAGCAAAUGUGACUCCUUCCUCUGGCCCAAGUGGGAAAGGAAAGAAAGUGGGAGGAAAGACCACACUCUUCUUUUCCUAGUCUCCAGAAGGGCUUCUCAGAUGAAUUUGCUUUCAAAAGAGAGUUUCAAAAAGAAAAAUGUUGAAACCUAUUUAUUUGACAGUCCUUGUGUUUGCUAUCAAUUACAUAUACAUACUAUGAUCCAUACCAACAAUCCUGGACAUAAUAUCUGUAUGAGAAAAUGUAUAAUAUAUAUGUGCAGUAUUUUAUUAAAAUAUUUUUAAGAAAAA